UACCUUCACACUCCACAGUUCACAGUGCCACAAGCGCGCGCGAUCGCUAACUGUGUGUUACAUCGCCACACGACAACCCGUCGCAUUUAUUACUUAGGUAUUUUGUGAAUAGUUCCACGUGAAUAGCGCGAUUAAGAAUGAAAUAAGAGGUCCAAAUGAAGAAUUAGAAAGAAUAAUAGUAAAUUCACUUUGGAGUCGUCAUUAAAACUACUACCACAAUGUCAGAAGGAGAGGGAAAUCUGGAUAGAAACAUGAACAUGACAGAAGUUAAGAACGGAAAAUUAGAGAUAGUUUACCCAAGUAAGGACGUGGAACAGGGGAAAAGGGCAAACGAGUCCUCGAAUACACCCUGGGGAAGGAUUAUAGCCAUGGUGAUAGCAAUAGCAGUGCUAGUAGCUGCAUGUGCCGUGACAUGGGUACUUAUAAGUUGGCAGAUUGGCCUUAUAGUUGCCGCAGCCCUUAUUGUCCUCUACGUGAUUGUAUUUUGCUGGAAGAGAAUCUGUAUCAUCAUAAAAACGGUUCCAAGAGACUUGUCAGCAGUGUAUUGUUAUAUAAAAAUAUUAUUACUCGCCCGUAAGUACACGAAGCUUGACUAUAUGAUACCGGAUAUAUUGCAUGAUGUUGUCAAAAGGCAUCCCAACAAGGCCUGUUUCCUUUUUGAAGAUGAGGUCUGGACUUUCCAACAGGUAGAAGAUUUCAGCCUCCGCGUCUCAGCUGUACUGAAAGCUCAGGGAGUGAAACGUGGUGACAUAGUAGCAGUGAUGGCCAGUAAUUACCCAGAAAUGCCCUCCAUGUGGGCUGGCAUCACCAGGCUGGGGGCGAUUGCCCCACUGAUUAACACAAACCAAACCGGAAACACAUUAUUACACUCUAUCAACAUUGCAAAGUGUGACUACUUCAUUUAUGGAAGUGAAUUUGAUGAUGUGGUUCAAGAUAUCCGUAAAGAUUUGAAUCCUUCCUUAAAAGUUCUCAAAUUCACUCGUCGUCCACUUAAUACGUCUAAUGACAAUGUGAGGGUGGUUGAAUCUGAAGCUGACUUUACAAGUUUGUUGGAGACGACAACACCGCUACCCUGGACUAAGUCAGAUGGUGAAGGGUUUAAUGGGAAGAUGCUCUACAUCUAUACAUCAGGAACUACUGGUUUACCAAAAGCGGCUGUCAUAUCUACACUGAGAAUGUGCUUCAUGGCUUCCGGUGUACAUUACUUGGGAAGCUUAAGAAAGAGUGAUGUUAUCUAUUGCCCCAUGCCUCUCUACCAUUCUGCUGGAGGGGUGAUAACAGUAGGCCAAGCAUUCAUCUUCGGAUGCACCGUUGCCUUACGAACGAAAUUCUCGGCUUCAGCUUAUUUCCCGGAUUGUAUUAAAUAUAAAGCUACUGCUGCUCACUAUAUUGGAGAAAUGUGUCGUUACGUGCUAGCUACAAAACCGAGUGAAACUGACAGACAACAUACAGUUAGAACAGUCUACGGAAAUGGCAUGAGACUAACGGUCUGGAACGAUUUUGUGAAACGCUUUGGAAUCAAAAAAGUCGUAGAAUUCUAUGGCGCAACUGAAGGAAACGCAAACAUAGUAAAUAUCGACAAUAAACCUGGUGCUAUUGGUUUCAUUUCGAGGAUAAUACCUGCUAUCUAUCCGAUAGCUAUCAUCAAAGUAGACGAGGAUACUGGAGAACCGAUAAGGAAUUCUAAAGGACUAUGUCAGUUAGCAAAACCAUAUGAGGCUGGAGUAUUCAUUGGUAAGAUUCAACCCAACCAUCCAUCUCGUGCGUUCCUGGGUUAUGUGGAUAAAGAAGCUUCGGAAAAGAAAAUUGUGCGCAAUGUUCUCAAGCAUGGCGAUUCAGCAUUCAUAUCUGGUGAUAUUUUGACUUCGGAUGACCUAGGAUAUCUUUAUUUCCGUGAUCGAACGGGAGACACGUUUAGGUGGCGCGGAGAAAAUGUAAGCACGACUGAAGUUGAAGCUACCAUAUCCAGAAUAGCGAAUCAGAGAGAUGCUGUUGUUUAUGGAGUAGAGAUUCCUAACACAGAGGGUAGAGCGGGAAUGUGCGGGAUUGUUGAUGCCGACGAUACGUUGGACCUAGACAAACUAGCUUUGGAUAUGGCUAAGGAUUUACCAAAGUAUGCUAGGCCUGUAUUCAUUAGAAUUAUGAAGACCAUGGAUAUGACAGCAACCUUCAAAAUAAGAAAGGUCGAUCUACAAAAAGAAGGAUAUAAUCCGUCCACUAUAGCCGACAAACUUUACUAUUUCGAUCCAAAACAAAAUAAAUAUGUUAUUUUAGGAUCUGAAGAUUACGACAAAAUUGUGUCAGGACAAAUAAGACUGUGAUUUUUGUAAAUAUUUUAGAUUUAAGUACUUCCUUAACUUUAAAUAUGGGGCCUUAUGAUACAUAAUUGUGAUUCCUAAUUAGGUUGGGAUACUUGUGUAAUGAAUUGCUCAAGUAAGAUUAAUAAAAAGUUUACCAUCCUAAGUAUUAUGACUAAUUAGCACUGCAAGACUAGCAGUGUUUUUUUAAAUUUGAUAAUUUAUUAACUUUAAGUAUAAUGCCGUAAGAUUUUUUUUAAAUAUAUAUAUAUAUAUAUAUAUAUUCAUAUUUAUUAUUAUAUUACUCGCCACGAUGUAAUAUAUGUCGAUGUAAAAUUUGGAUACAUUUUAACUAUAUUAUUUAUUCUUAAUUUUGUAACCAUCAAUAUCUUUACAUAGGUUGAAACUUUUUAGAUUAUACAAUUGUAUGAAAAACGACUAAUUUAAAAAUACUAUGACUAUAAAUAAAAUAAUUUAUAAAUAUUCA